AUGGAUGCCAAUACACCUGAUCAAGCACAUACCAUCUAUGUUUACUCUGUAAAACAAAAACUAUUGUCAUACUUUUAGAUUGAUGUCAAAGAGAUCUCAAUAGUUGAUAUCUCCUUAGAUUUUUCAGAGGGUUUCAAUAUCUAGGUUGAAAACACCCAAGAUAUGAAAGUGUCUGCAACAAUAAACCCUAUGACUAGUGAUACUGUAGCUGUCGUAAAAGCUUAUGAUGAGACUUGGGCCAACCCAUGCAAAGUCAAGUAAUUCUUUAAAUUUCAAAUACUGUUUAUUAGUGUUGUGAAAAGAAGUCCACCUCUUGAGAUUCAAAGAUCCUACAUUAAGAAUCAGCUUAUCAAUCUUGAAAGAGAAGUCCAGAAAAGUGAACUUUUCUGGAAAGAUUUCCCAUUGAAAGUAUCUUCAGUUGAGUAGAUCAAGGAAAAAUUAAUAACUUAAGGACUAAAUGCUAACUUUAUUGACAUUGACUUUCCUCCUCUUGAUAAAUCCAUUCAAGAUUUAUCUAAGGGUCAAGCAUUUGAUAGACUUAUUCAUUGGAGAAGGCCAAAGGAUUUCAUGCUGAUUGAUGGGAAAGAUGGCUAACUAGAUCCCUAAGUGUUUGCUAAGAUUGAACCUAAUGAUAUUUACCAAGGGCAUCUUGCUGAUUGUUGGUUCUUAUGUGCAGUCUCCUCUUUAGCAGAAAGACCAGCAUUGGUUGAGAGAAUAUUUGUUACAAAGCAAUAUAAUGACCAAGGCAUUUAUUAGCUAAGAAUUUGUAAAAACGGAGAAUGGUAGAACGUUAUUGUUGAUGAUUAUUUCCCUUGCUAUCCUAAUGGAGGACCUAUGUUCUCAAGAAAUAAUGGAAAUGAACUUUGGGUUUUACUUUUAGAAAAAGCUUAUGCUAAAGUUCAUGGUGGAUAUAAGAACCUUACAGGAGGAAAGCCAUAUCAAGCUUUGAUGGAUCUUACCGGAUGUCCUACGAUGAGUUUGAACUUUUAGGAGCAAAAAGUCAAGGAUUUGAUUAAGCAAGGAAAACUUUGGAGACUUAUUAAACAUUUUGAUGAAGAAGGCUAUCUUAUGACUGGUGGUACUCCAGGCGAAGAUAUGUGGAGUGAUAACAAAUAGUUAGACGAAUAAAAAUAGAAACUUGAAGAAUAGAAAAGAAGUUUGGUACCAGGGCAUGCUUACAGUAUUAUUUCUGCAAUUGAGGUUAAAGGAAAUAAACUCUUAAACAUCAGAAAUCCUUGGGGUAAUUUUGAAUGGGAUGGAGAUUGGAGUGAUGGCUCUGCAUAAUGGACAUAAGAAAUGAUUGACCUUAUUAAACCAAACUUAGAUUCUAAUGAUGGAUCAUUUUGGAUGAGUUUCCAAGACUUUGUUGAUAAUUUCCAAAGCUUAGAUGUAUGUAGAGUCAGAAACUGGGAAGAAGCUAGAAUCAGAGGAAGAUUUUCAAAGUGGAUAUAUGCACUAGAAGUUCCUAAAAAGUCCUAAGUAAUUAUAAGUCUAAGUCAAGAAGAUGAGAGAAUUGAAGGAGUCCUCCCAAGAAGACCCUAUCUUGAUAUUGGCUUGGCAAUUCUGAAGAUGGAUAAAGAUAAUGGAUCUACAUUACAUAUUCAUAGAGAUUAUUAAGUCGAGAGAAGCGUUGAACUAGAGUUAAUCCUUGAACCAGGAAAUUACAUGAUUGUACCUAGAACAACUGGAUGUGGUUUAAAGAAAUAAGAUCAUCUUUAAUAAGAACAAAUUAGAUUACUUGAUUCUAUUGGAGCGUUCCAUCCAAUUUUCUAAUCAACCAUUUCAGAUAUCUUCUUGAAGUUUGAUAUCAAUGCUAAUCAUACUAUUGACUUCAAAGAAUUCAAAGCCUUUUUAGAGAUAAUUGGCAAAAACUUAAAAGACGAAAACGCAUUUAGAGAUAGUGUUCUAAUUAAAUAUAAUUCACAUGACAGUGGAAUAACCUUGAGAGGAUUUAAUGAUUGGUGGAGAGCAUAGUUAAUUUCAGAAGGUGAAGCUAAAAUUUGGUCUUGGCUAGAGAAUUUAGGAUAUGAUAAAGAUCUCUGCUCAUUAAGGUCUAGACUUUUUAAUAUCGUCAUUUAAAGCAGAAAUCUUGAAAUCGAGAGUGGAACUGUCGAAGUGAGAGUUAGAGACGGAAUUGCUACUGAUAUUGAUAAUAGAGUGAAUGAGAUGAUUCUUGAAAAUCAUGGUAGACAAGCAGAGAAUGGUGAUAAUUAUAGCUUAUUAGUAUUUGAAUCACCUUCAACCAAGUCAACUACUUAUGGAGUCAGAAAUACUGGAGUAAAUCCUAUUGAAUUUUCAUUUGAAAUGAAUGCUUGCGAGAAUAUUAUCUAGAGUACCAAAUCUACUUUGGUUAAAAAAUUAGUUAAGCCUGGAGAAAUCGAAUUUAUGAUGCAUCUUUUACCUGGAAUAGGUCAUUCAGUCAAAAAUAUUAAGCACUCUGCAAAAGAAAUAGUUCCCAAGAAAUGA